UGCGUCUCGCAAUUUCUCUAGUCGGAUGAGUUUGGUUUCCUUAUCGGAAAAUUUUGUGCACACGACACGAAAAUUCCCCAAGUCGGGGCGCUGCCGGAAAGUCCGCGCCGAUUACUCCUCUGACUCAUCCCCUGAAAGGUCUUUUUUACCAAGAGGAAAAAAAUUAAUUAUAAGUAAAAUACAAAAGGCGAGUAAAAAAAAAAAAAAAAAACACAAAACCUGGAUCAUGGCGAAGGUACAGAAGCAGGGGAGGAAAUUGUGGGAGAAAAUGCGAGGGGAUAUUAAAUUUGGUCAUGUGCGGGGCCGAGGCUAAAAAUAAAGCCUGGCGAAAGGGCGCAGGCCGGGAAGGAAAAACGGUGCAUCGGCCCGAAAAUAGCGACGCUACCGAGUGAGAGGAAAACACCGUAAGCCGCCGUGGAAGCGGAAGUCCGUGCGCGAAACGGUACUACUGAAAAAAGAUCAUGUUGCAGCCGAAAUUAUUGAGAUUUCGGCACCGACCUGUGGAACUGGAUGAAGCCGCCCUUGACGAAGCGGUUUCGGCACGUCGGCACCGAGCACGAGAUGACCAUCUUGGCAGGGUGGGUCGGUCGUCGGUCGGCGCGGAAAAUCAGGGGACGACACCCGCCGUCGACAUGACACACUCUCCUCGCUCGCUCACUCGCUGACACGCUCGGCAGCAGCUCUUCUGCCUGCCCGCUUCAAUGCUGCUCUCGUUCUUUUUCUUUCCUCCUUUGCCAUAUGACGGCAGUUUUCCAUUGGCUCGGUGCUUUUCCCACCGGUGCUGCCACCUGUGCCCGAAACGACGCAGGCCGCCCAGACGACCCACUGGCGGGUAGGCAACGUGCGCUCCACCAGAGGUUUAUCUCGGUUUAUCUGCAACAACUCCACGCGAAUCGCAAAUCAACGUCUGGCCACUCGGCCGACUUGCUGUUCAAACGACUGGCACGGCCCGCAAUACCGUCAAGUACGAUGCCACCCCGCGCCGUCCUACUCUCUGCAUGAGAAACGCAAGCGCGCGCUCGGGGGUGAAGGACAGUCGGGGGUGGCUCGGCGCGCCACCACCUUUCACUCCAAGUGCGGCCGGCCACGAGGGCGUUUCCACCUUUCCACCCGCUCUUCGCCGAACUAAGGAGGAAAUCAUUCAAAAAGGGUUGAAGAGCGGAGGGACUGUGUGUUUGAAUAACAAUGCUGCCGUGAGAGAAGUACCCACGAUUAAGAGGCGGAUAGAGUAUCACAGCGGCGCGCACGUGAAAUAAUAAUAAACGCGCGCGCGACAAACAUGACGUCCGAGGUGUUUCGUGAGCAGAAUGCGGCGUUGAAUAGGAAGAGCUGCACCUUGCUCACGGGAGGAGGACUCGGGGACAGGAAGAUCAGUAGCGUGUCCGCAGCCAGCGCGAGCACUAGCGGUUACUUGUCCUCGCCAGCGUCGUUCUCCAGCGACAGAAAGGUCUCCGUCGGAGUUCCAAAUCAACUGCAAGACAGGCGAGUGACGAGCAUUUCGUCACCGGAGAGGAAGACGAGCGGAUCAGAGAGAGGCGAAUCCAGAACUUCCAGCGUCUCCUCGCAGAGCAACGUGAGGGUGCCGACGCUGUCGAGGGCGGCGGCGUUUGACAACCACCGGAGAGAGUCUCAUAGCACGGCGGAGAGCGGCAGCAGUUUUGGCCACCCCCACAACCCCCACGUCCAGCGCAAAUUCAUCAACACGUGGAAACAGGCGUGCGACAAGACGCGAGAGCGCACCAAAGACCUGAUCAAAAGGUGGCGCACCCUUCCCGAAGACAGCCCCACCUACGACACCCCUGAGGAUGAGUGCAGAAGUAGUUCAGCGUGGAGCCAUUCUCUAGCCGAGUGGAAAAAUGUGGAGCUGGUGGCCAAUCUUGGCGACCCAAUGACUUCCAGCUACCAAGAAUCAGAAUGGUGGCGUUGCAGAACAUACCCUGGCAGCCCACCACCUCCCCUGGUCCCACUUUCUCCAGAGCAAAGGGUCAAAUUGGCGCAACUCUUCAACACCCUCUUGGACACGGACAGCGACAGUUUGGUUUCCGCAGACGAUUUUCAUUCAUUAGCCGAGCGGCUGAUCCAGUUUGCCGGCUGGAAGGAGCAUGGGCCGCAGGCGUGCACGCUAAGAGAGGUGGUCAUCGGCUUGCUGGAGGCGUUUAUGCUCUCGCUGCAUACUCCGGACCUCGACAACGAAAGCCCUAUGACAGAAUUAAGAACAGGUUCUAUGAGUUAUGGACUGUUUUUGGGAUUGGACGACUGGCUGAGUGAAUGGAGCAACAUUUUGAGAGGUGCUAAAGGAAUUCAAGACAUGCCCCUGUGGCUCCAGUACUUCCCAAAAGUUCUUUUCGCGGCCAUAAAUAGGAGUGCAAGUGGAGUGGUGUCAAAGGAGGAGCUGCGCUUCUUUUACACUUCAUUUUUGGGUUUCGACUCGAGGAAAGUUGACGAGGCUCUUGGACCUGCGUACAGAGCAAUGACUGCUAAUGGGGACCACAAGUUGAAUGUUGGCACUUACAAAUUGGUGUUUGCGAACUUCCUCCUCGGACGCAACCCCAACGGACCUGGCCAGUUUGUGUUCGGGCCUUUCGGUGAAGCAGCGCGACCGUGUGAGGAAGUUGUGUUUCCAGUGGAUUACAGUGCAAUGAACAGUUUGCCAGAGGACUUGGAAGAGUACAGUCCCGGAAGGAAAAGCAACAGAAGAUCUGUUGUUGUAUAACAUGACACGUCUUUCACAAAAUUUCAAUCGUCGGAAAUAUUUUCAUAACUUUCAAAAGCAUUUUGCCUAAAAACUCAGCAGCCUUCAAAUAAGAAAUGUUAUGCUGUAUCACAAAACUAGUCAAAUGUGUAUCUUAUUACUACAGCAAUGCGCAAAGUAUAAAAUAAUUAAAGAACAAUAUUUGCCAUAUUUGCACACCUAUUGCACAAUUAAAAAAAUUAAU